AUGUUGAAUCCGUGGAACAUCCGCAACCACAUCCAUGUCGUCGAUCUGGUUUCAGAAGAUAUCAAGCCCCGUUUGAUCAAUCACCGAAGCCAUUACGAUGCCAAAGCAUAUGCGUCUCAAGCCGUGCUGCGAUGCGACUCCGAGCGGGGCGACUUCCAUGUGCUCGCACUGCCAGAGGAAGGCAGUACCCUCAUGGUGGACCAGUGCGGCGAAGAAGCUUCUACGGCACCUCUGGUGUUCUCACCACUCCAUGGGCUCACUCCCAAGGCUUUAUCCGCCGAUGGCACUCGCACGUUGUGUCUUGUAGACGCAGCGAGGCCUUCCGCCGAUCAUCCUCCGGCUGCUUCCCCGCAAUUCUGCGUUGUGGACACCGCUACCGGGGAUAUACUGUCGGGGCCAUUCGAAGGCGAGCUGCCUCCGGUAGUCAUUGGUGAACACCAAGUUAUGAGUAUUGGGCAGUUUGGGAACUUGCAACACAGUCACGGUUCAUCGUAUCGCGGAGGAUGGUUUUGGAGCGUGACGCUAUAUGGCAGGCUCUAUCGAACUCCUGCCUUCGACGAUGAACAGGACGUUCGUGAGGCGCCAACAGCGGAGCAGGGAAAGAAGGAGGGGAAGAAGGAGGGGAAGAAGAAGGGGAAGAAGAAGGCGGCGAGCUUGAUCAAGGAGUCCAGUAGCUCCGUGGAGGAGUCGGGGAGGGCGGUGCGAGUCGCAGUCGCAUACGACGGGUCGAUGUUCGUAUGGUCGGAUUGGGACGGGAGCGUGCAUUUCCAUCGCACCGUAGGCGGCGUUUGA